GAUUGUAUAUAAGACCCUAACUUUACAUAAGGGAUUAUUUACAACAUGAAAUGUUGAGAACCAAUGAAAACCAAGUACGUAAUGAGAUAUUUUCCGUCUUCAACCAUUUGUGGAAAUCGACAGCGUUUUAAACUAUAUAAGUAGUGGUGUUCAGUCAGAUGGUCAGUGUAGAGGCCUGAAACACGGUUAUAGAAAAAGGACGACAGAAGUACUUGCGGUCGUAUAUCAAACGUAAGUCAACAAGUGUGCAAAGAUGUUGACUCCAUUCCUUUUACUUCUGGCAACCACUGAAUUCAUGUCGUGUGACACGUUCAGUGAUGAUUUUCUUACCAACACUGGUGGAAACAGAGGAUAUGAUCAAGAUACAUAUGACAACACAGCUUACCAAGACAUCGUGGGAACAGUCCAGAGCAUUUAUCCUACUCCCUUACAUUACAGAAGUGUCGAGAUGCAGGAACAAGCCAAAGAAGGACUUGUAGAGAAACGUGGUUUUGGCGAGAAAAGGGGAUUUGGAGAAAAACGAGGAUUUGGUGACAAACGAGGCUUUUGGGAAAAACGUGACAACCAUUCUUUAUUUCCAGAGUCAAUCAUAAAGGCUCUUGCCUUAGGAGGUGUAAAUAACCCUCACCUAGAAAAGAUCCAAACGCUGGAUGGGGCCAAACAACGUCAUUUCCUUGUCAGAUAUUUGUUACCACAUUUUCUGACUAACUUUGAUGAGGAUUACAUAGGCGGUGAAAAUCCCAAAAAGCGGGGAUUCGGAGAAAAAAAGUGAGACUAGAAAUAUUGAACGCGAUCUUGAUAAUUUGUAAUUGAAGACUUAGUGAUAAAAUUCAAAACAAAUAAUGUAUUUCUUUUAGAAUCAGUGGACUUACACGAAAGCACUGUAUUCUGAAAAGAAUAAAAGAAAUAAAAUAGAAAUAAC